AUGGGAUCCAUCAAUCCUACCAAGUCAUACGAUGUUGUUGUCGUGGGUGCCGGCUUCAGUGGAAUGUGGCACCUUUACCAUCUGAGGAAAGAAGGAUUCUCGGUCCACGUAUUCGAAGCGGGCUCUGACUAUGGAGGGACUUGGUACUGGAACUGCUAUCCAGGCGCGAGAGUUGAUACCGAAGUCCCAGUUUAUCAGUUCACCGAGAAGACAUCAGCGGACGAUUGGAACUGGACUCAGCGCUACCCUGGACGAGAUGAGAUCCAGCAGUAUUUCCACCAUGUCAGUCGUUUAUGGGACCUGGAUCGCGAUGUCUCCUUCAAUUCGCAAGUCACAUCCUUGGACUGGGACUCGCCCAAGAAGUCUUGGCUUGUGGAAAUUGCUGGUUCGGGAGAGAUCUUUCGUGCACAGCAUAUUAUCAUGGGGACAGGCUUUGCUGCCAAGCCAUAUAUCCCGCCAUACAAGAACAUCGAAGCUUUCCGAGGAGCCAAGACUCAUUCAGCAAGAUGGCCGAUGGAUGGUAGUCUCGAUGUCAAAGGGAAGCGCGUUGCUGUCAUUGGAACCGGCGCCAGCGGAGUGCAGCUUGUCCAAGCAAUCAGCAAGGUUGCGUCCCAUCUCACGGUCUUUCAGCGAACACCAAAUAUGGCCCUUCCCAUGGGGCAGGGUGAAGUCAAGGAGACGGACAACCAGCGGUUCAAGGAGAACUUCCCAACCACUGUGCAGAAAAUCAACACAACUUAUGCUGGCUUCCUCUACGACUUUGAGCCGUCAAAUGGCAGAGACGCUAGCGAGGAAGAGCGAAAUGAGUUGUGGGAACGGCUCUUUAACCGUGGCGGCCUGCAAUUCUGGCUGGGAAAUUAUCUGGAUGUUUUCGAAGACCGGGAAGUUAAUGCUGCCGCCUAUCGAUUCUGGAGGAAGAAGGUACUGGCCAGGAUCACAAACCCAGAAGCUGCCAAGAUACUUGCACCAGAGGUACCGCCUCACCCGUUCGGGGCUAAACGUGUCAGUCUUGAACAAGGAUAUUUCGAAUGCUUUAACCGCGACAAUGUCACGCUGAUUGAUGCCAGCAAAGCUGGAAAUCCCAUCUCUGAGUUUACCGCUGAAGGUAUAAUUACGAAGGAUGGAGCUGAGCACAAGUUUGACGUUGUUAUCUUUGCAACUGGCUUUGACGCCAUCACGGGAUCUAUGACCAAAAUAGACAUCCGCGGCAAGGAAGGAUCUAUCCGCGAGAAAUGGGGUAAAGGGGUCUACACACACCUUGGAAUGACCACCCACAGCUUCCCCAACUUUUUCUUUGUCUAUGGACCUCAGGCGCCUACAGCCUUCGCCACAGGCCCGGCGUGCACUGAGACCCAGGGUGCUUGGAUAAUUGAAUGUUUGAAAUUUCUCCGAAACGAGAAGUUGAGGGCAAUUGAGCCAACAAGAGAAGCUGAAAUCGAAUGGCGGGAGCACGUGAAUGACGUUACUGGGAAGAGUCUAUUAAUUGAAGCAGAUAGCUGGUAUUUUGGAGGAAACAUCCCAGGCAAGCCGAAGGAGGCACUAAACUACAUGGCAGGAUUGCCUGAGUACAGGAGGAGGAUCUGGGAGAGUGCAAAGUCAAGAUAUUCCGGCUUUGCUCUGGAAUGA